AUGGGAGAACUUCCUGAUAUCGGAGCGAACGAGUUCUUGUACAUCCUGGAUCCUUCUCGGAGACAUUCCAUUUUUUCGGAAUCGAUCAACCCCGACAUGGACUCGAACGUUACGGUGCCCUUCUUCAACAAAACGUCCGAAGAGGCUCAGAAACUCACCGAGGAGACCAGCGGGAUAUUAGCUUUCAAAGGGCUUGACUCCGACCAGAUACAAGAAGUCGUAAACGCCAUGGCGGACAUCAAAGUAAAAUGCGGCGAUUGGGUCUUCAAACAGGGCGACGAGGGCGAUUCGUUUUAUGUGAUCCAGGACGGAAUAUUCGAGAUGAGCAAAGAGGAACUGGGAAAAUCUAAAGUCCUCCAGAGGCUCGAGAACAAGGGCCACUUCGGCGAGAUCGCCCUCUUGUACAACAUGCCUAGAACGUGUAGCGUCGCGGCUCUUUCAGACGGCAGUCUCUGGAGGAUGGACCGGGUCACGUUCAGAAAGAUCGUCGUAAACGGUGCCUUCCGGAAGCGUAAGUUCUACGACGAGGCCCUCUCCUCGGUGCCCAUGUUCCGCGUCCUCGACACUACAGAGAAGAACAAGCUCUCGGACACCCUCGACACGAAGAUUUUCAAAGACGGGGAGGUCGUGUUCAGAGUCGGAGACAAAGCCGGCGGGAUGUUUUUCGUCGAAUCGGGUAGCGUACUCGUGAAAGAAGGGAACGAAAACGGGACUGUCCUUUCAGUUCUGAAGAAAGGCGACCACUUCGGUGAAAUUUCCGUAAUGCCAGAGGAAAACCGAAACGCCUAUAUCGCUUCAGGGUCAGUACGCUUAGCUUUCUUGCAGACAGAUUGCUUUGAAAGACUGCUCGGCUCCUGCAAAGACAUUAUGAAAAGAAAAUUCAACUAA